UUUUUGAAUGAACGCAAAAUAUAUUAUAUAUACAACUAUUAACUUAAUUAAGGUCUAUUAUUAUUAACGAUAGAAAAUUGUAUGAUAAAAAACAAAAUAAAAUAUUUAAACAACUGUUAUAAAGAUAUGAUUUUAGAGCCUUUAAUGUAUAUCAUACGUUUUAAAUAUUUUAGGAACAGUAUUUCGCUUGAUUAAAGACGUCAUUAGCCAUAUUUAUUUUCGAUCAACAAACACGUGUUAAUAUAGUACUUCCUUUUCAUUGUUAUACUCUUGCGCUAUUUGACAACCGACGAUAUUUAAUGUUGUCAAUGUUAUUAACAUUGGUUAACAAAUGGAAAUAAUAUUAAUAAGAAAGAGGUGAAGAUUGUUAUUAUUAUUUUCGCGUUGUUGGAACAUUGUAACAACAAGAGUGUGUCAUAAUGAAGAUUUUUUAUACAUUUUUAACAUUCGCCUCUUUAUAUGCAGUUAAGAGUCAGUGUAUGCCAACAAUAUCUUACAUUUCACAUUAAAGAUACUGGUGAAACUGUAGAGUUCCCAUUGUUCAGUGCUAAAUGGAUCUGAUUUUCCAGUUACAUGGACAAAAAUUAAUAAAAAUGCUCUUAAUGAUCAAUUACCACUUUCACAUGAUAAAAGAUAUUCAAGAAACUGAUGCUGGAUUUUAUCAAUAUAAAAUUUUGAUUUCUUUGAAUAAUUAUGUAUCUGCAAAUGUUGAACUGCAAGUUCGUAAACCAUCCAUUGUAAGUGACAAUUCAACUAGAGCUAUAGUUGUUACUGAAGGACAGCCUGUGCAACUUGACUGUUAUGCUGGUGGCUUUCCUGCACCUAGAAUCUCAUGGUGUAGGGAAAAUAAUGCCAUAUUACCAACUGGUGGAUUAAUUUAUCAUGGCAAUAUAUUGAAAAUUCCUAUAAUUCAUAAGGAAGAUCGUGGGACAUAUUAUUGUAUAGCUAAAAAUGGAGUAGGACAUGAAGCUAGACGUAAUAUUAGUGUUGAAGUUGAAUUUGCACCUGUAAUCACAACACCAAGACCACGACUUGGUCAACCUUUACUACAUGACAUGGAUUUAGAAUGCCAUGUAGAAGCUUAUCCUCCACUAGCUAUUGUUUAGUUAAAAGGCGAUGUUCAACUUUUACAACUACAGAUCAAUAUAUUGAUACAACAAUUAGAGUGAUCGCAAUUGGAAAAAAAUAAUAUGGAGAAUAUGUAUGCAGAGCUGCCAAUAAAUUGGGAACUGCAGAAACAAAGAUCGAAUUGUUUGAUCGAACAGUGUGAGAGAUUCUAAAGUUAACUUCAUAUUUUUGAAUGGAUAUAUAUAUAUAUGUUGGAGAUGAAAGGACACAGGAGCCUUGCCUUUGGAACUUUGGGAAAAUCCCUUAACACUGUAAUCUAAGAGAUCUGCCCGAGCAGCCGAGCUAAACGGACGUGUAAAACAGUACUUCAGAGAAAGUGCGGCAAGUGGGGAAAAACAAGUUGCGAACAACAACACCCAUAGCCAAAUGGUGGAAAUCCGUGUCUUCUACUAAGAAGACUAUUAUUAAGUCUAAAAUGCAACACCGAUCUUUUUAUCCCACCGAUAAAAAUAAUUAGUAAAGAUGAAACAUACUACAUAAACAAAGCAACAAACAUAUCAAAACCAAGCCAGUCACUAAACGAAGAACAGGAGUGCUCAGUUACAAACGAAAUUGAGAUGGAACCAAUACCGAAUAACGAACUAACCCACCAAGAUGAAAGCUGGAAGGUGGUAAGUUACAACAAAAAACGAAAAAUAACACCAAACACAAACGUUAAGAAAGCUAUAGAAGCAGAAAGACAACAAUGGCUACAAGAAAUUACACUCUGAAACUCCUUCAGCGCACUGCCAGAAGAGAAAGAAACAGACCCAGCCGGAAAACCAAUAAUCCACAUCGCCAAACCACCGCCAAUUUACAUUGAAGUCCAAAUAAUAGAUCCCUUCAUUAAACUACUUAACAACACGGCAGGAAAAGAAAAUUACCAGAGUCUGGAGCAUACGUGUGCCGUGGACUUGAAAAGGAGAUACCCGAAGAGGAGCGCCAACUAUUGGUGGAGCGAUGAGCUCGCUACCUUAAGGAGCGAAACUAUAAGAGCUAGAAGAAGAGCACAGCGAGCGAUGGCGGCCCGCAAGGAUGAUGCCGAGGUCCUGGUGGCCUAAUUCAAGGAGGCUAGGAAGCGACUGAAAAGGGCGAUCGGGCGUAGCAAGGAAGAAAGUUAGAAGGGGUUCUGCGCCACCUUAGAUCAGGAUCCAUGGGGCAGGCCGUAUCGUGUAGUGAGGAAGAAAAUGAUGCGGUCGGCUCCAAUGGAGCCCCUUGGCAGGCAGGAACUGCGACCGCCUACACAGAAAGAGACAUCGAUCCUACCUGGCGAAG